AUGGUACUACAUUAGCAUCUGGUAGUGCAGAUAAGUCUAUCCGUUUAUGGGAUGUUAAGACAGGAUAAUAAAAAGCCAAAUUAGAUGGUCAUUCAAAUGGGGUUAAUUCAAUUUGUUACUCUCCUGAUGGUACUAUAUUAGCAUCUGGUAGUGAUGAUCGGUCUAUCCGUUUAUGGGAUGUAAAAACAUCAAAGGAAAUACUUAAAUCAGAUAGUAAUUAUAAAGAUUUGCUUGCCCAGUUUAACAUACCUCUUUAGAAUAGCUCCUUAUUGCCAAAUGGUAUUAAUUAUUAAUUAUUAUUUAGUUAAUCCUGAUCUUACAAUACUUAGAAUAUGCUAGAAUCCUAUUUUAGAAGCAUCAGGAACACUUAUCCUAUAAGGACAGUUCAUUAAUCAUUAAGGGAAAGAUUUAAAACCUUUGUUUAAAUCCAAAGGAAGUUGCUUUUUAGAAGACUUAAAGCAAAAGAAGUGA